GUGGGGGCAGACAGGUGGACGAUGGCUCUAGUAUUGAAGAAAUCAGUAGUUCCCCUCCGACGAUUAUUGUGGAUUAAUAAUAAUAAUCAGUCAAGAGAUUACCACAUAUCCUAUGAUGACUUAAAGGCUCUUUUCGAGGAAUGGGUUAUUGAAUAUGACACAGUCUACAAAACCGCUGAAGAGAAGCAGCGGAGGUUUUCGAUUUUUAGAGACCGUUUCUGGUGGGUUAAAAAGCACAACAGUUCCGGUUAUCAUGACAGGGUAGGUAUCAACAAUCUCGCCGAUGUCACCUCUGAAGAGCUUCGCAAGAGGGGGCGGAGGCGUGUCCUGCGCAAAGCUAAUGGUUUUGCAUGGUCGUUUUGGCCUGAAAAGGAUUGACACUCUGUGCGUGGGUGUUUGAAGACUUGUAUUUAAUUAUGGGUUGUCAUUUUGGUUAGAAAGUUUGUAUUUCAGUUUCCUAUUGCUAGACUUUGGCUGUGGUUUAUGUUUGAACUAUGGUCAAUGAUGUUUGGACUUUGGUUUUUUAGUUGAACCUAAUAUGUCACAUGCUCUGGUUUUGGGGUGUGACAUUAGUUGUGUGCAA